AUGAAUAAUUGUAAUCCAGUGUCAAGUCCUAUGGAUGUCAAUGUAAAGUUAAGCAAGGAAAAUUGUCCCAAAUCUGAAAAGGAAAAACUUGAAAUGUCGAAUGUGCCCUAUCAAGAGUUAAUUGGAAGUUUGCUUUUUGCGGCCCAAAUCAGUCGUCCAGAUAUUUGCUUCGCCGUAAAUUUUUUGAGUAAAUUCAUUAAUAAUAAUCCAGGACGACUUCACUGGUUGGCAGCAAAAAGAAUUUUGAGGUAUUUGAAGGGAACUUUGAACCUGAAACUUUCUUAUAAUCGAAAUGGAAAUUCAGAAGUUGUUGGAUUUUGUGAUGCUGACUACGCGAAUGAUUUAGAUGAAAGGAAAUCAGUAAGUGGAUACGUGUUUCUGGCUCAAGGAGGAGCAAUAUCCUGGGGAUCACGCAAACAGGCGACCGUUGCAUUGUCUACAGCCGAAGCUGAGUACAUCUCUAUGGGAGUCGCUGUACAAGAAGCAAUGUGGCUGAAAGGAAUCCAGAAGGAACUAACAGGAGUUGAAUCAUCUAUGAAAAUCUUUUGUGACAGUCAAUGUGCCAUUCAUCUGGCAUCGAAUGAAUGUUAUCGUCCUCGCACGAAACAUAUCGACAUCCGACAUCAUUUCGUCCGAGACAUAGUGGCAGAAAAACAGAUCCAGCUGAAAUCAGUCCGCUCCGAUGAAAUGGCAGCAGAUAUUUUAACGAAGCCUUUAUCAUCUCCUAUUAUCAAAAAGUUUAUUGUAUUAAUUGGUUUGUUAAUGAAAUAA